AAAAGAGUCAAUGUUAUAAUUGUUUCAGAGCCUAGAUCUGGUUCGUCAUUUUUGGGUCAGAUCUUUAAUCAACAUCCAAACGUUUUCUAUCUAUUUGAACCUCUGCGUGCUGUUACCGUGGCAACAAAUGAAGAUCUCUACUUGAACCUUCCAUCGGAAAAUUACAAUCGACUCGCACUGAAAUUACUGUUUGAAAUUUUGAAUUGCAGGUUCCGCUCUUCAGUUUAUCUUGCUCAUUUCAACUCUUUUCAUCGUUCUUUUAGCAAGUCGCUUUCUUCCUUUCCUUUAUGCCACCAGGGAGAAGCAACUCAUGCCUUUACUGCAAGAGAGAACUGCGCGCCGCUUAUUGGAACUACGAUGGAGGAAGUUUGUAAAUUUCAGUACUCCUUCAGCAUUGUCAAGAUCUCGUCGCACAGGGUUCCCAACCAAAGUAUCGCAUCGUUUCUAUCAAUGUGCGCUAAUACGAAGCCAGAGCCGUGCUAAGUUAUUCACUUAGUGAGAGACCCACGGGCGUUGAUAUUAUCCCAGAUGAAGUUAAAUUUCAUGCGGAGGGACACGCUCAAAAAUGGAAAGCUUCAUACAGAGGACAUUCUAAAGCAUACUCAAAGAAUAUGUAACCGUAUUCACCAUAAUCUUCUUGAAAUCAAAAACCUUUCAGCUGACUUACUUCACCUUUACAAGGUACUUAGAUACGAAGAUCUGGUUUUAGAUUUAGAAAACACAACAAGAAAUCUAUUCAAGUUCGCGAAAAUUCCAAUGAAGAUGGAAAUCUCAGACUGGCCGGGGGGAUCAAGAUAAACACGAAAGUUAGCAGUGUUCCAUACCCAAGAAAACCUUAUUCCCCAUAUUCCACGCACAGAAAUGCUUCCACUCUUGUUGAUAACUGGAAACGGGAACUUAGUGGCAGCGAUAAACUAAUCAUUGAGCGGUAUUGUAUGUCUGUGAUGAAAAUCUUAGGGUAUUUGCCAAGCAAAGAAACCCGUGAAUUCGUAAGAUACCCCACCUCUUGAUUUUGUCUAGGCUCCGUAGAGAGCAGAAACAUGACGUCACAAAAAUUAAAAUUUGUUAAAUUAGGAGUUGGUUGCCGCAUAUUGAGAAAAAAGAAGAUAAAAAAAGACCCCUUGCCAAAAAUUAGCCUUUUAGUGAAAAUUAGUGGGGAUAUCUAAGCACCGAUUUUCUCUGAUGACUCCAUACAAAUCCUUUUAAAAUUUCCUACGGGCCAUGCAAGUUGUCGACUUGCUCACUUUUCAAGUCAAGAGUUUCAAGUUAUCGAGAUUUCUAGAUGUCGACUUGUCCAGAUGUGCAGUUCAAGAUGUCGACAUGUUGGAUCCUCGAGUUGUCGAGAUGUCGAGUUGUCGAAAAUGAGGAUUUUUCUUCAUCACACUUUCCAAUCUGAAAAUUUUAGGUUUACUUUUUUGUAAGAAAAUAGCCCAACCUGGGCAGUGAAAUGUGAAAAAUUAAACUUGAAAAAUCGUAGCCGGUGAACAGGCUCUCUGUUUGGGGAAAAAAAUAGCAAGGAAAAGGAAGAGAAAGGGGGGAGAGGUGCCGUGGAACGGCGGUUCCAAAUGUUUUCGCCUUUCCCAUUCCCUAUUUCCCCGCUCGACCAAAGGACUGUUCACAGGCUAGAAAAUCGUAGAGAAUACAUUACAUUUGCGCCAAAAUUUGCACAUGAAUGAAACGAUCAUUUACAAACUGUAGCCAUGCUCAAGCUAUAGAAAAUUCUAGGCAAAUAUUUGCUUCUCCGAACAGGUAGUUUGCAGAAAACCGUCGUGGGGUGCCCCUGAUGUUUGUAUAGCGGCGGCUGGUAUGUCCCACCCACCAUAUUGAAAAAUAGAUGUGUAUUGUUGUGGUGUUUGUAGGUUAUUUUUAAUUUAUUUCAUGUUUCCGCUUGAUGUUCACUCCUGCCUAGAGUUUGUUAUGAUCAGUUGGUGGAUCAAGGUUGAUCCGUAUAGUUGUAUCAACAAGUUUUCAAAUUCUAUUACCUCUUAAAGUAGUUUUUCUACAUGAAUGUUAUUUAUUAAAUUUGAGUGUCAGUCCUUCAAGUAAUUAAGCACGUUUUGGUACUAUCGCUGACCUUGAUUGUUACCUACAUCAGAGUUCCUGUUUUGGUUUAGAGCCUCGUGGGUUAAGCUGUCACGCUAGGUUUGUUUAUUUCACUCUGGUUAUCAACAGGAAAUUCGAAAAGUCAUUCGGAAAAGAGUUCGUAAUUCUUAUGGUCAAUUCAACACGCCCGAACGUACCUACAUUUAAGUUAUAUGUUGCCAACAUUUGGCACAGCUCGGAGGUGGUCGAUAGGUGGUUCCCUGGUGUGCAGUUAGUAGUUGAGCUGUAGUAUUCGAUUCGUUAAGUGAUGCUGUAGAGAAGAUAUAUGACCUGCUGUGAAGAAUAAAGAAUUACCAAGAUGUAUACUUAGAUACCUGGUACCUCUACGCUAAGCGAGCGAGUUGCUCUGCCGUAAAUCCUUUAUACUUUAAUUUCUCGCUUUAUAGACGCUUUAUCUUCCCCCUUUUCUGACAUAUGACCCUCGAUAUUGGCAACUUUGCUUAUUUUUAAGGGGCUAUUUCCAGCAUUAUUGAUUAAUACAAAGAUAAAAUAACCGUCAAAAGGGUCUAUUUACCUCAAACAUAACAUCAACAGAAGUGAAUGAUACAUACAUUAUUUAUCUCUGCAAAUAAAAACAAAAGGAAGCGGAAUUUCAAGGCAGAAGAUAAAGUCGAAGUAUAAAUUAAACUCACUGAGACGGAAUAGUCUAUGAAGAAACAAUGCAGCGGAGGAUAGCGGCCGUUUGUAUCGCUUUCGCCUUUGCUGCGGUAGUUACAUUGACCAAGUCUACAAACGUCAGUGUUAUACAACAGUCAUUUUCAGUCACAAUCUCAGACUUCAAUCUUCUUUGUAUUUCUUUAAUUUAAGGUUGGAAAUUUUUCGUUGAUUUAUUCUCAAACAGGUAUUGAAAAGAGACAACUAUGAACACGCUCACUAUGGAAACUUCAAGGGGUUCUUCAACUACGCACUGAAUAUUUCCAACAGGCUGGUCUCACUUAACGUUAAGAAUUUUGCGGAGUGUUCCCUAGAGUGCAUCAUCAAUGCGGCGUGCUAUUCAUUUAAUAUAGCCAUUUGGCCUUUGAGGAACUCGAACAGAUUUGCAUGCCAUCUGCUGGCCUCAGACAAAUAUAACCAUUCCAGUAAAUUUGUUCCAAGUCAGGAAUUUCAUCACUACGCCUUUGUAGUAAGUUUCAAUUCACAGUGCCUUGCCAUGCUUUUCGAGUUACAGUCGACUUCCGAUAACUCGAACCUUCAAGGAAAAUCUAAAAAAGGUUCGAGUUAUCGGGAGUUCGAAGAAAAUAGCCGAGAGUAAGGUAAAAAACAGUUUUUACUGCACAGUGAACAUUUUAAUCAUAUUUAAUUGUAGAAAUGUCUAGUGAAAAUUAAAAGAUACUUUUAGGUUAUAAAUCAGAACGUAACGUAACAAAACAUAGCCUAAACAGAGCAUGCGUUUUACUGUUUUGAGAAGAAAACCUGCUUCACGUUAGCCUGUGACAAUCAACAUCAGCUUCCACUAGUAAACUAUACUCCUACAACACCUCAAUAGGAAAUCCAAAAUUCAAUGUUUCGGACGCAAGUAGACGGCUUUUUUCCCGACUUUUUAAGGGAUCAAAACAUGGUUCGAGUUAUCGAGGGUAAAAUUAUAUAGAAAAUGACCUAAGGGGAAACGAAAAUUGGUUCGAGUCAGAGCGGGAGUUCGAGUUAUCGAGGGUUCGAGUUACCGAGGGUAAAAUUACAGUGAAUGUAUGACGGAAAUCCAGGGAAAAUCUAUUUUGGUUCGAGUUAGCGCGAGGUUCGAGUUAGCGAGGGUUCGAGUUACCGGGAGUCGACUGUAUUUGUAGAUCACCGGCACGUCGCUAGAGUGUAGUUCCAGGGACAAGGUAAUCAUUUAGCUUAAAAGUACUGUUAAAAAGGCUCUUGUAAAAUCUUUUCUUUCAGCAGAUUUCAAAAACACCAAGUCAGUCACUUUUUCAAUUUACAAUAAGCGACAGUUGAAGUGCGUUUUGUCCCUUUUAUCACAAGGUUGGAGCUGAUGUAGUGCUUGACUCGAAUCGAACUGAAGCUCAUUUCAACUGGCAUCAGAAGAUACCUUUGUGUGGCAAAGAAUUUUGUUUUAUGUUUUGCCGCUGAAAGAGUCGGAUUCUUUCUUAUUAGUUGGGAUGUGCUCCUGAUACUUUUUUGCGAUCAUAACCUUUAGUGAAAUCCUUCUUUACCAGGACCUUAUGCUUAAACUUACAGCGUCAUCCUCAGUGCCUACAGAAAAAAAAAACUCUUGACGUUUAUUCUUAAAUCAUUUAUAGUACAGUUCCAACGCAAUGUCCGAGUUGUUGAAAAUCUAUACACAAGUCAGUGAAGGUCAAAGUAACUGGAAGGCAAAAUUCAAAACUGCAAACAUCCAGUUGUACAUCAAACUUUAAAGUGUUUGUGUUCUUAAUUUUGGAAUUCGGUAGUGAUAGACCAUGCAGCGUAAGUUAGCGUACUGGAGGUUGCAUUUUUCGCGGAUCACUAAAUAAAAUGAAAGCAUGUGUCCAGAAAAUAAUUUGCUGCAAGUUUGGGCUUUAGAAAAUGUACUUGAACUAACAAGGAAAUUGUUCACAAAGAUCGCAUUUGGUUUUAUCGCAUUUGAAACAACCCCGCAGGUGCUGGUGCAUCGCUGGCUAUUGGAGAAUCCUUCCUGCCCUUGGAAGUUGCUGAGAUUUUUUCAAGAAUUUUCGUUCUUCGAUAAGUAGAAACAAUAGAAAUAAUGUCAUUUGGUAGGAAAGGCUCUUUUAGUUUGGAGGGCGUCUUCAAAACGUAUAUUAACCCCUUUGGCUAAGGGUAAAUUAGAAUAAGGGUUAUUUAUAAAUUUGUAUAUUAGCAUGAUAUACUUUAGGAUAUAAAGUGCGGUGAUAUCUUCCAAGCAUUUUUAAUAUCCCAAUCACUUUUCCACAGAGUCCUUGUGAAAACUCUCCAUGCAAAAAUAAUGGAAAAUGUGUGUCUCUGUACAAGGAAAACAGUUAUGUGUGCCUCUGCAGCGAUGGGUUCUUUGGAAUUAACUGUGAGAAAGGUAAGAUGACAAAACACAUCCUUAAAGCUUCCUUAGCAACUUAAUUCGCCUAGUCAUGGAAAGACAAACCCGCUCAGAUGAGUUCUCUCAGUCAGUAUUCAGUCAUCACCUGUUUACAGGCAAACUUAUUAAUAUAUAAUUAAUAUCAACCUCAUACGGAAAACUCCAUGAUGUAGGUUGCCACAACACGUCUUAACAUUCAAUAUUAGGGAGCUUAAGGAACGACGACGACGAUGGCAACAAGAACGGCAAAAAAGCAAUAGGUUUAGAUUUGCAAAACAACAACUUUGCACGUGCAUCACGCUUUAUUGUACCUUUCUUUGCCGUCGUUGCACGACUACGACGUGAGACUGUCUAAUUUCACGUUUUGUAGAGGACGUGAACACAAGACAACGACUUUCUUUUCCUUUUUCUGAACUUUGAUACAGUCUUUUAGAAUUCAACUCCAGAAAAAUUCGGCAACAUUUCACGAAUUGAACGAGAUGGAAUACGCGCUGUAAAGUUUGAAGCACCACGAAUUCACUUUUUAAGUGACGUUUUCGUAGCCGUCGUUGUUGUUGCUUAAGCUCCCUAUUGUAAUUCAUGUUAACCGUCGUGCAGAGGCCCCAUUCAUCAGUAACAGAUCUCUUGGCGCUUUCAUUUUCUCUUUCCAGGCGUCCCGGGUAUUAAAGUUCACCCGGGUUGCAGGUUGUGACGAAGACCUCGAAAACCCAGGACCUCAGGUCCCCCAAAACACACAGACUCCUGGGUGUCUCAAAACUCAUGAGACACCAGUUUUAGGGGCUCGUUUUUGUGGCAAGUCAGUGUGUAUAGAAUAUGCGCACUUGCCACGAUGGCCGAAUAGCCUUGGAAGGCUCGAUAAAUACUUCAGAUGUGACGUUAUGAGUGUAACUUUCUCAUCAGUCUGGGUUUCGCACGUAUUACAAGAGGUAAAUGUUGAUGGGGAAAACAAAUAUUCCUAACCAAAUCGAUAUUUAUGGUUCGUCUUGAACUGAGUCUUCAAGUUUUGAAGUAAUCGAGAAUCUCUUGCACAGCCGGGGUAUUCUCAUUUUUUUCAGUUUUCGAUAGGGAAACGAUUCAUUGCUAUUUAUAUUUUACGAUUAUUGAGUAUAUUAACAACUUUUUUUAUUGAAAAGAACCAAGAACCUGGGAAUUUUUGAUGACCUUGUUGCUUGUUUUUUUUCUUUUUCCUGCAAAUUGUAAACAGUCAAAGUUGUUCAGUGUAACGCAUAGGCGUACGGGCAAUUUUCGGCCAGGGGGGGCGGUAGACCAUUUGCCCAAAAAAUUCUUGCAAAUUGCCCAAAUUUUUACAAAACAGUCGAAAAGAAACAAGGGCCAUACGAUGCAACAACAUAGGCCCGCGUACUCGCAUACAAAAGUGCCUCAAUACAGGUUUUCAGGGUCAAUAUAUAACGGCCAAGUUUGAGCAUAAACUAUACGUUGCCAUAAACACACAUUUGGAAAAAUUGCCACCACAGUUGUAUUAGAUAAAGAUGAAAAUUUGUCAUGAUCAGGGUUGCAAUGACACCGGAGUUGUCAUAGCAACAAAAUGACGCCAUUACCUAUUAUACUCGCAGCAUUAUUUCUCAUUAUGAAGGUCUAUGAAAUCGUUCUCGGGAGCUUCCUCCAAUAGUCGCCUCGAUGUUCGUGAAGUUAAAACGGAAUCUGUAAGAGCGUUAUCGGGAUCUUUGGGAUAAAGUUUUUAUCGUUAGAAAUACAGUAAAACAAGGAAAAUCUUGAUGUUUAGCCGUUAUCUGUAGAAAACGAAGCGCUUUUGACAUGCAAUUUCACCUCAUAGUAGCUUCAAUCUUUUUCAAAAUGUGUGUGAGUUAUUUCUAUAGGUAAUACCAUGAUUUUUAGUGAUAUUUGGCAUAAACACCAUGAGUGAUAUAAUAGAGAUAAUAGACCUUUUUACCGAUACUGCAGCCAUAUUGAAUUAAUUCGAUUUAAGGAGUAUUAUAGGAUGCCCAGGGGGCAUGAGCACACUUCGUUUGUAUUUUCGAGCGCUUUUCGUAACAUUUUUUCUUAACGUUUUCUUAGAAUAAGAUUGUAAUGGGAAAAAAGAUCCUUGUGCAGUUAAUGAUCGCCUUUUACCCAAGAAAUAUACAGUGAAAGACCAUAUUUCUAAUACUAAACUGGAAAAAGGCGAUCAUUAUUACAUCCAAACACGGCACAAGGAUCUUUUUACCCAUUACAAUCUUAUUCUAAGACAACUUAAAGAAAAAAUGUCCCGAAAAGCGCUCGAAACUACAAACGAAAUGUGCUCAUGCCCCCUGGGCAUAAUACUCCUUAAAUCGAGUUAAUAUCAAUAUGGCCGCCGUAUUGGUAAAAAGGUCUAUUCUGGUCAAUUGCUAUAAAGAAGGAUUUGAUUAGUAUGUAUCAUGGCGCGCUUGUUAGCGGUUUUUGUAAACAUUUCGGUCUACUUUAACAAAUUAGUGAAUAAUUUGAACCACUUGAUAGAUUUUUUUUAAAAAAAUUAAGAUUCUUCUCGUAAUUCAAAGUGAGAAUUAGUCAGCCACUGCUUCACUUUCAGAUCAAUCGCUGACAGUAUCUGCCAUACACUGUUCUACGAGCGGAGAUGAUUCUAAAAAGUUAGGCGGAAGUUUAUUCUAAUCAAUUCACGAUUGGAAAUAGCCCAUGGCAGUACAGUGCCCAACAAUGAAAAAAAAACCUUCCCUCAUAAACAGAAACUCAUCACGUGCUUGGCAACCACUGUCUCGUGUGAAUGUAACUUGAUUAUUACGCCGACUUCAGGUUAAAAUAGAAAAUAUUUAUUUCUUCAAAAUAUUAAUAAAAAAAACAUGAAAACGUCUUUAAAAGCUGGCUUUGCCCAAAUUUUCUCUUGCUGCCCAAAAAAUCUGAGUUGCCCAAAAUUUGGGGGAGCUGCAGCCCCCCUCGCACCCCCGGCCCGUACGCCUAUGCUUUGUUUUCUUAUUUUAAGCGAGCAAUGGGUGUGGUAGCGAAGAAAAGUUCUGUUCUAGUCUUGGGACAUUUUACAUCUCUCAUUCUAAGCACAGCUACGUUAAACUUUGAUUAUAAGAACGUAUUUCAAGCGCUUUACUCCAUUACUCGAUUUUUGAGACAGACGCAUGAUGCGUGAUUCAGUGCCGGGCGCUUUCUUCUCUGCAGAGGCUCCCGCUGGGAAAAAAAUAAAGGUAGUGGUAAGUGCGCGGUGAACGAUGGGAAGAGGGAAAAGGCUCCUUUCCUUUCCAUUGUGGCUCCCUACGACUUUGCGGAGGAGAGAAUACUGGGCACUAGUUAAACUGAACUUCAGCAAAGAUGUAAGAGGAAUCAAUCCUCUCUUUGAUAAAAUAAAAAGCCAUGGGAAAAGGGUUAUCCCCCUAUUUUUCUUCUGUUUUAUUUUUUUCAGUCCACUGGAAGCAGAUGACAACUUCUCCAGUUUGUUUCGGAGCAUCAGCCGACUCUUUUGGACACUUUGUAACUCCAAUCGCAGGUGAUUUGCUAUCAUUCAAGCUUAUACAUCAAAGUGGAUCUGUGGAGUGCUCAGCAGGUCGGUCAUCACAUUGGGGUUGUACUCAUCCGGUUUUGCCUCAAGAUCACCAACUUGGAACCAUCAUAACCAGUUCCCUGAGUGAACGACUUCUCCCAAAAGAUGAUUUUUUUCUGGAAGGAAUAGAUUGCCACAAUACCUUUUACGGCCUUCCAGGUCAAACUGCUGACUCACCAGAGCUGCUGUUUGAUAAUUUUUCCACUCCUUUGCAUGUAUCGGUAGGACAAGAAUUCCAGAUAUGGUUCGGGGAAGAUUUAAACAAAUGCUGGCAUGAAAAUAAUGGGCUGGGAAAGACCUGUGUUUUAGUACUUGGGCUUUUUGUUUAAUUCGGGUAAAAAGAAAAACCUCUUCGACCAAGAGGCGAAAAGACAAGUAAGCGCUUCUUGCGUUUCAAACCUUUCUACAGUCGCUUUAUUGAAGGCAAAACUAAUUAAGAAAACUAAAACUGUCUUGUUAUCAAUACGUGCAAUUAUAAAAGUCACUAAUGUUAGAAUACCAUUGCAUUCUAAACUUGAUCAAACUGUGUGUAAUGGUAGAAAGUUGUGGUCAGUUUAGUUCAGUUUUAGGUGAUUUUUUUCCCAAUGAUCUUUCGCUACUAAUAUUGAACUGAGCUGGAUACAUGGUAUAAUUGUAGAACUUACGGGUUGGCGUAUUCACAAAUGACUCGGUUUGACUAGAAGAAGAACAACUAUAAGUUUGGAUUUACAAUAUGAUUUUAAAUUUCAAUCAGGAAAAAGCCACACUUUGUAUAAAAAAUAAGACCAUAAAAUCACCUGAGCAAAGAACAGAUCUUCUUGACUUUUCACCGACCAAUACAGUUGAUUCACACACAGUAUUUAAAAAAACAAAUGACAGGAAAACGACAUAUGAGGGGUGCUCUAUUGAAAAAUAUUGGACAGCCUCUUUAAACAUGCAGGCAACUGAAAAAAAUUCUGAAUUUUACUUUCAUUCUGAGGUGAAAUGAUUUAAUUUAUUCAGCCGCGGGUUCUGAAGAAAGAGAGCAUCAAUUCAGGUUUCUAGGAAACUGCCCUCCUAAGAGCUACAUGUACCAGUUCCAGUUUUAGGCUAUUUAUGAACUUUUUCGUCAUAAAUAUAUAUCAUUAUCACUCUGUUGCAAUUCGUCGGUUUAAACUUGAACGUGCUCCGUUUGCAAGGCAAAUGGAUGUAACUGACAAUUGAAAGCCGUACCCCACGAUCCAGACCCCGGUUUCAAAAGCUGUAUGGCGCCAUUAUCUACCGUAAGCUCUAUCCUAUGGAUGAGCCUCUAAAACAAAUUGGAUUUGUCCUACUUAUCCGGUGGAUAGCACUAUCUAUCUUUUGAACAAUAUUAGGACCAGAAUGUCCAUAAUGAUUUCCCCUUAAACUCCCAGAGUCAAGCUAUGUAAAUAAGCAAAACAUAUGUUUUUACCUUUCGAGAAAGUGGACAAAAUCUUCUUUUGUUUUGUAAUCUUGGAAGUGCAUGGAAGGGUUGAAGGUUUUUUGAUGCAGAAAAGGCAGUUGUAAAGUAAUUAUUUAAAUAAAGUCUACACACAGUGAUCGUCAUCUGUCACUAAUAAGCAAACAAAAGAACAGACGAUUUAAAUGAUCCCGUAAAUUUUAGUUGCGCGCAUGCUUGCCUAAGAUUCAUUGCAUGCGCGCCAUGAUGAGUGUAAAAACCUCAAAAGCAAUUGCCUUAUGUGUUUUAAUAAGCAUCUUGUUGUUGAUUGUAAACCAGAAGGUUAACCAACUUAAAAGACAAUUUCCUCGUGUUAAGGGUUUGAACGAAAACCUCAGUAGUGCAUUUAAUACUAACAACAAACCGCUGAGGGAAAAGAAGACCUUAGACAGCAGAAAAAUGGCUUUCUUUAUAAGUCUUCAGUUCUCACGAACGGGUUUCAUAACGACUAAACCCCGCAGUGAUUCAUUUACACCUUCGUCAAUAUUAGAUUCUUCCACCAUCAAAAGAGUCAAUGUUAUAAUUGUUUCAGAGCCUCGAUCUGGUUCGUCAUUUUGGGGUCAGAUUUUUAAUCAACAUCCAAACGUUUUCUAUCUAUUUGAACCUCUGCGUGCUGUUACCGUGGUAACAAAUGAAGAUCUCUACUUGAAGCUUCCAUCGGAACAAUCGACUCGCAGUGAAAUUACUGUUUGAAAUUUUAAAUUGCAGGUUCCGCUCUUCAGUUUAUCUUGCUCAUUUCAAUUCUUUUCAUCGUUCUUCUAGCAAGGCGCUUUCUUCCUUUCCUUUUAUGUCACCAGGGAGAAGCAACUCAUGCCUCUACUGCAAGAAAGAACUGCGCGCCGCUUAUUGGAACUACGAUGGAGGAAGUUUGUAAAUUUCAGUACUCCUUUAACGUUGCUAAGAUUUUGUCGAACAGGGUUCCGAACCAAAGCAUCGCAUCCUUGCUAUCAAUGUGCGCUAAUACGAAGCCAGAGCCGUGCAAAGUUAUUCACUUAGAGAGACCCACGGGCCUUGAUAUUAUCCCAAAUGAAGUUAAAUUUCAUACGGAGAAGCACGCUCAAAAAUGGAAAGCUUCAAACACAGGACAUUCUAAAGCAUACUCAAAGAAUAUGUAA